UUAAAAAGGCCCUUCGUCUCCGGUGAAUUUAACCGACGGCGCAGAAAACGAUGCGAGCGUCGCCGUCGCCGAUUUAUCUCCGCGAUCCCGAUGCGAUGACGCUGCCUCGUAUUCUUCAUACCAUACACUAAUCAUGAGACCUCUUUAUAGCUCGUUGUCUCUUUAUUGGAGCCACCGCAUCCCCCUUGGGCUGUGCUCUCCGUUGGCGGCGAAGAUAAUGCGUGGUUCUGUUAGUCACCCUCUGGCCCUUUCUUCCGGAGAUGGCCCUUCUCCGAUUCGGAAGAAGCUUCCGAGUACAUCGCUCGAAUCAUUUAGCUCUGAAGGUAAGUAUCCACCACUUACUGGGUCUAAGAAUUAAGAGUGGUAAGGGUUCACGAAGAAGCAAGGUUGAUCUUGGUUCGACCACCAACUUUUAUACUAGUCCGAGUAAGCGUUCACAAUCUUCAACAAUCCGUGAGGAUUUACUAUCUUUGAAGAGGGAUCACAUGGAUUCAGGAUCAAAGUCCUAAGAGCAGACAGGAUUUCCCGUUUGACAUUUGUUCCUCAGUCCAUAAAAGAAACAAUAAAUGCAUCACAGAACAGUUUACAGAGGAGGGAGAAGCAGCAAACGGGGAGGAAACUGUUGAAUUUGGUAACAAACACAGAGUACUAGGGCCUGGAAUGGUGCUGCUUAAACACUUUCUUACGCAUCAUGUACAGGCUGACAUCGUGAAAACUUGCCGGGAACUUGGUGUUAAGCCCAAAGGAUUUUACCAACCGGGUUAUACUUAUAGGGUUCGUUCACAGCUUCAUCUGCAAAUGAUGUGCCUUGGUAGAAACUGGGAUCCACAGACAAAAUACGGUGAAAACACUGAUGAGAUAGAUAGUAAACCACCCGAUAUCCCUGACACAUUUAGUGUCUUGGUAGAAGAGGCGAUCCGGGAAGCACACGCUCUCAUAGACAGAGAAUCAGGAAGAGAAGACGCUGAGAUCAUACUUCCUGCGAUGUCACCAGACAUUUGCAUAGUCAACUUCUAUUUAGAAACUGGAAGACUUGGUCUCCAUCAGGACCGUGACGAAAGCCGAGAGAGCAUAGUAUAAGGGUUGCCGAUUGUGUCCUUCUCCAUAGGCGAUUCUGCAGAGUUCUUGUAUAGUAAUGGAGAAGAGAGAGACGUUGAAAAAGCUGAGCAAGUGAAACUAGAAUCUGGAGAUGUGUUGAUAUUUGGCGGAGAAUCUCGAAUGAUCUUCCAUGGCGUCAAGUCCAUCAUACCAAACUCACCUCCCAAGUGUCUGCUCAAUGAGUCCAAGCUCCGAACUGGACGUCUCAAUCUUACUUUUAGGCAUUUCUAGUUUAUUCCAUAUAUUUAUUUAUUAUUUUAUUUUUAAUGCAUUAUAAACAAAUUGUUGUUUAAUACUAAAAAAGUAGUUAAAUAUUAAUAACUCAAGGA